AUGUGGAAGGAAAUUUUGGAUAUUGAAACUAGUGGACGUUAUGAUUCCGGAAAAUUGGCACGUAUAGUGAUGGCGCAUCGAGAGGUGAAACGCGAUACGAUGGCGGAUUUCUGGGCACGAAGAUUACAUGAUCAGGAGCUUCGUGACGAGCCGUAUCAGAAACCGGAAUCGUUUAGAGAAAGCUACGUGAGUGGAGAUUGUUGCACAUGUUCACGAGGACCACCUGGGCCACCGGGAUCACCAGGUCGUGAUGGUGUACCUGGAAUAGACGGUGAAAUCGGCCAACUUGGACCACCUGGACCACCUGCACCUUUCGAUGCGGAAAUUCAAAAUCUAUUUCCGCCACAGUGCCCAUGUGAUUCACCACCAGGUGAACCUGGUCCUAAGGGACCACCCGGACCUGAUGGUCCACCAGGACCACCGGGUCAAGAUGGCGAAGAUGGUAGGCCGGGGGAUCAAGGACCCAGAGGUCAACCAGGACAACCAGGUCAACCAGGACAGCCUGGAAGAAAUGGACCACCCGGAGAACCAGGAGCAUAUAGGACAGAAAUUGGACCACCGGGUCGACCAGGCGCUCCAGGACGUCCUGGACUGCCAGGACUAGCGGGACCACCAGGUGCAAACGGUGAAGAUGGUCCAAUCGGCGCACCAGGUCCAUCUGGUGUUCCUGGACAACCUGGGCAACCAGGCUCAAGCGGACGACCGGGACCUGUUGGACCACCUGGAGAACCUGGUGCACCUGGCAGUUGUGACCAUUGUCCACCGGCUCGUCUUGCUCCUGGCUAUUAA